UCCCCCAGUCAUCGAAACAGCUGCUGCAUGCCUUCUCGGAUUUAAUUUCUGUGACAGUCUCUCCACUUAAUCGAGAUUUGACUCCUCUCCCGGUCUUUCUUUUUCUCUUUUACGCCCUCCCUUUCCGUCUCGCUUUUCGAUCCACUAAUUUUCCACUCCCGAGAAGCUGUUUUUAUCUAUCUACUCCAUCGUCUCCAUCUUCCUUCCGCCCCCCUCCUAUAUUGUUGUCUAUGUAGUUGCUCGUUUGCAUUUCAUUUCAACGCCUUCGAUGCUUUGAUCUCGUUUGAAUUUGGAUUGUAUUGCACACACUCCCCCUUCCGCUUGAUCCUUUUGUGCUAUACCCACCUUCAAUUGUCUUGUUGCCCACUUAGAUCUAUCGUUGUUUGUUCAUCUGGUUUCCCGGUAUCCCCACCGUUGUCCGCUCCCCGCUGUCCCUAUCAGCGGUUGUCCCGCAUCUGAGGGUAGCCUUGAAUAUCCACGCCUCAGACAGCUGCAGCCAUGGCGCCCGGCAGUGGACGAGACUUCAGCUGCUCCUGGGAGCAUUGUGGAAAGUCGUUCAAUCGCAAGUCGGAUCUUUGCCGACAUUAUCGCAUACAUACCAACGAACGGCCGUACCACUGUACAGUGAAAGAUUGCAACAAGAGCUUCAUUCAACGAAGUGCGUUGACUGUCCAUUCGCGAACGCAUACUGGGGAGAAACCCCAUGUUUGUGAUCAUGAAGGAUGCCACAAAGCAUUUUCCGACUCCUCAAGUUUAGCCCGCCACCGGAGGAUUCACACGGGAAAGCGGCCGUACAUCUGCCAGGAACCAACAUGCGAACGAAGCUUUUGUCGUAAAACGACACUCACUAAGCACCAGCACCGUUCACACCCUCCCGGCACAGUAACUCGCCCUCCAUCCGAGGAUGCGACUUCCGAACAUUCCUACCAGACACCCGUCCCCGCCUCAGUACCGAACGAUCAAUAUCUCCUUGCUCAACAGCCUUACUACCCCCACGCGCAAACUCCAUCCCAUGAUUUCUAUCCACCACCGAGUCUUCCAAUAACGCCUGUUCCUGUGCAAGAUGCGCCGCCGAUUGUAACUCAAAGUAUACCGGUAUCGUCACCCGUCGAUGUCCAUCAAGCGCAACAGCAAUACAUGCAACUCAUGCAACAACGGUACGACCCAAGCCGUCAGGGGUACAGUAUUCCCCCGGAAUUCCAGCAACCCUUUCCCGGUGUUCCUGCUGUGGAAGGUCACCCGCUGAUGGUCACCUAUCCACAUAAUUUCCAAUACAAGCAACACCAGACACGCAUUCUUAACCAACCCGAGGGAACCGACUGGGGCUUCUUGGGAGUGGGUUAAAUAGUACUAUGGGGACGUUCAAGCCACCAAUGUAACCACUAGCCUCCUUUUGCGGCCAUCGUGCUCAACCCCUUGGGAGAUCCCCAAGAUGAGACCAGAAGAACUUCUCGGUGUAUUUUGAUAGUGUUCCAAAGUGGGAACCAUCAUACUAACUGUAUCGUGUGAUGCCUAUAACGACAGACUUACGAGCGUUUCGACUUGGCCAGCUUGUUCUAUUCAUUUUCCCAUAUACGCGUUGAUCUUCUGCUAUAUUUCCUUUCCUUUUUUUUUCCGUUUUCUUUUUGUGCUACACUGCUUGUGACCAAUGAUAUCACUGCUUAUUUCUGCUUCCAUUCCUUGCAGCCUCUGCGACUUUUUGGAUUGAUUCCCCCUGUUUAAAAGGCUAGGGUGAGGCGUUUG